AAAAAAUGGAUCUGACCAAGAAGAACGAAGUAAAUGAACUUAAGAUACUUCUAAACGGGAUAAGUUUUGAGAAAGAUCAAACUAAAAAGAGAGAUACAAUUAAAUAAAGUUAUUGCAUACAUGACCCUAGGAAUUGAUGUUUCCUCGUUAUUCAGUGAAAUGUGCAAAGCCUCAAGGGUUGAAGACAUUGUCCAAAAGAAAAUGAUUUAUCAAUACAUCACUAAUUACGCUGAGAAAAAUCCAGAUUUAGUAGUUAUGGCCAUAAAUACCUUCUUAGUCGACUGUAAAAGCCAUAAUGGGAAAAUAAGAGGGCUUGCUCUCAGAUCUUUGUGCUCCUUAAGGUCGAAAGACUCUGAAGCUCACACGAAUGCGGCCAUUCUUGAAGGUUUAGACGAUAUAGACCCAUACGUUAAGAAGACAGCUAUCAUUGGAUGAAUCAAAGUGUUUAGAGCAAAUAAAAAUGAGGAAUAUACCAAGAAACUUUAUAAAUUGAUCUUUGACCCAUCUCCAUUAGUAGUGAUCAACUCUAUAUCAGCACUCAAUGAAAUCGAAGAAAAGAAGGGAGGCUGUGAGCCAACUGAAGAGAUCGUUAUUACCUUACUCAACAGAAUCAAGGAUUUCAAUGAAUGGGGUCAGAGCAUUAUCCUAGACCUUGUUGCACGAUUUGAAGCUGACAAUGAAGACCUUAAAUUUGACAUCAUGAAUCUUCUUGAAGAUAGACUCAAGCACGCAUCAUCUUCAGUAUUACUAGGAGCAGUAAAAGUAUUCAUUUCCUUGACCAAGGACGAUAAAACUUUGUCCAAAGAUGUGCAAGAAAGACUGGCUUCCCCACUUAUAACAAUCAUGGCAUCAGCAGGAACGACUGAAAAUUAUGAAAUCUGCUACAAUGUGAUUAGCCACAUCCACUUCAUCUGCCUAAAGGGAGGAGGGGAGUUCUUCCAAAAUGACUUCAAGCAAUUCUUCCUGAAGUAUGAAGAGCCGAGUUACAUAAAAUUCCUCAAACUAGACGUUCUUGCCUGAAUUUCCAGCGAGGAAAAUGUGCAGGAAAUAAUCUCAGAACUUGAAGAGUAUGUGUCUGAUGCGAACUCAGACCUGGCUAAGAGGGCGAUCAAGACCUUUGGAGACAUCAUGAUAAAGUUGAACAACUUUGAAGACAACAUUUCUAUCAUAAAGAACUUUCUGUCACUUCAUACAGACUACAUCACCAGUGAGUGUAUCCUCGCUCUUAAGAAGAUCUUUAUGAAAUACAGAGAAGCAGUCGAGGAAUUUGAGGACUUCCUCGUUAACAUCAGCUUCGACUCCAUAUCUGAAAACGAGGCCAAGGCAGCCUAUAUCUGGAUUCUAGGAGAAUUCGGCAACGAAAUCGCCCAUGCCCCAUACAUUCUGGAGAUCAUGAUUGAAGCUCAGAAAGAUAUGCAAUGUGUGGAGAUUUCAAUAGAAUUGCUCACAAGUUUGGCCAAGCUCUUCUUCACUAGGGCUCCAGAGGUGAAAAAUAUGCUAGGAAAGUUCAUCAAAUUUUCCAUUACCGAGAACACAGAUGCUGAUCUCAAAGAUAGGGCUGCUUUUUACUACAAAUUACUCCAAGCAGACAUCUUCUCUGCCAAGCAGAUUAUCUGAGGUGAUGGACCUGAGAUAGAGGAGUACACAGCUAACAAUCUCACUUCGAAGCAUGGAACUCAUGAUGAAUACUUCUCAGAAGAAGUCCUUAAAAUCAAAUCUAAAUCUAAAUUUAAGAAGAAACAUUCUAAAAGAUCAAAGACAAAAGAGGCAACAGAUGAGGGUGCCGAAGAAGGCAUUGCUGAGGGAGAAACCAAGGACGAGGUUGAAGAAGAUGAUAACAACCUGAUCGACUUUGAAGAAGAACAACAGCCAGAAAUAUCUCAGCCUCAAGAAGAGCUCUCAGAAAAUUUCAUGCCUUCAGCUAAUCUCCUUGGAGAUGAUGAUACAUUUGGAGAUAUUCUGGAAGACAAGAAGGAAGAAGUUUACCAAGAGCCAGAUGAUAUCCUUGGAAUGGGCACUGGCGAAAAGAAAGAGACUAAAGAAUCCAGUAUUGAUGACCUUUCUUCUGCUUUUUCGACAGAUUCGGGACCAACACCAGCUGCUGAAGCAGAACCUCAAAAGCCACAGUUGACCUUAAAAACAACUGCAGAUCUGGAUCCGAAUAACUUCCAGCAAAAAUGGAUGACAUUGAGUGCUUUUCCAUUAAUCAGCAGAAGACUUAGCUUACCUUCAGCACCUUCAAUUCAAGACCUAUGAAAUCUCUUUGCAUCAAAAUAUAUUUUCUGAAUGGCUAAUGGCCAAGUGGACCAAUCUAUUAAGCUCUACCUAUACAGUCAGCAUACAGAGUCAGGUGUAUUCUUGAUGGAAUUCCUAUUCAACGUGAUGACCUUCGACAUUCAGAUCACUCUCAAGUCAGACAGAACAGAUCUUGCAGAAGCUUUUGCACUAUACACAUUAGGAGCAUUUGGGAUUUCUUAA